CACGACGCUUUUCAUCGUUCAGCUGUUUAUUGUUAUUUUCUCAUCAAAUUGUCUUAAACGUCCGAGUUUGUUGCUCUUCGCUUUCAACUCUAUCAGAAUUCCUAUUUCUACUUGAAUUAUACAGCCAUUCAUUAUUGGUGCUGCCCGUCCUGGUGGAAAGGGCUUGGAGACCGGCCUGAUUGAAUAGUGCAAGGUUGGAAACUAUACAGGCAUCUAUAAUACCAGCAACUACAUAAACUACGACUGGAAUUCACUCAUCGUGGUUACUUCUUUUUUUGCCACCCGUCUAAAAGCAAAAAAACAAAAAUGCCAGCAACCCACCUUUUGUUGGCUGUGCUGGCCAUUGUUUUGACGGCGUCAGCUUCUUCGAAUGGCGGUGGUCUUACGACACCGGAUGCAGUCGCUGGAGUGGUUGGAGCAACGGCGUCAGGGCUCUUCAACAUCCGGCCUUUGAGCAUCUUCACGGGUCACUGUAAUGCAUCCAUUGCCAGAGGAGCAACCAUCUGGAAGCCGAUCCCCGGUGUUGUAGAUAUCUUCUUUCCCAAAGUGAAACCUCCUCGAUGCGCCAACCCGUCGGCCUGCUCUCUGAUUAAUUCCUCGCUGCACGCCAACGUCAUCUUGCAGCCGGGCGACUCGCUGCGUCUUACCUUCGAUUUGGAUUUCUCCUCGGCGGCCGGCGAGCGAGACGAUCAACCCGCCAAGAAGAUGUUGCCAUCCACAACCGAUUCACCCCGAGCAGCCACCACCGUACCGACCACAACAACUGCAUCCACUGCCACGCCCAUUGCUACUGACGAGAUGGCCACGCCCGACGCCAUUAGCAGCAAGGAAUCGGUCGUGUUGAAACGCUACCCAAGGCAGGCUGUCGGUGGGCAGACAAACGCGGCCGUCACUGGUCCGACGCAGUUGCCCAUCCAAAAGAGUAAUGUCGUCGCUGAACGGAUCCGUCUGAUGGCUCAAGCGGAUAAUCAGGGCAAGAAAAUGUCGGUCAACGGCAGCAGCAGCAGCACGGCAAUCCCGACAGUCAGCAAUAUCGUAACGCUGUACAAAGUGAACGGUGAAGCGUUCGAAUCGUGCGACAUUGCCAACAGCCAACGGAUAGGACAAGUCAAAAGUCAAGACCCUGAAUCGCACACGGGUGUCAUUACUCUACCACCUGGCCUUUUAUCGAUCGCCGACAACUUUUUCUUAGGACGAUCCGUUCGCUGGGGUGGCGAGUGUCUAAAGAUGAAAGUUUCCGUCAAAACGGCAAACUGUGGAGAUCGGGAUCAGUGUACCAAUAACGGUGUCUGUCACGCCACAUCAUCCACGGCUUCGUUCCAGUGCUCCUGUUGCGAGUCGGCCAACGUCAACGAAUUCUGCGGGCCGUCCAACUUGUGCGCAUACAACCCGUGCCAGAACGAAGGCGUUUGCAUCCGCGUCCAGCAGAACAAAGACGACCUCUUCCGCUGUCUCUGCCUACCUGGCUACGAAGGCAAGUUUUGCGAAGAGCAAUUCAAUGCUUGCGAUUCGAUGGUUUGCCAUAAUGGGGGCUCCUGCUUGAUCGCUCACGACGGCCGUGCUCAUUGCUCGUGUCCUUCUGGCUUUGUUGGUCUCCAUUGCGAGGAAGAAUUGACCGGAUGCGAUUCGUCUCCCUGCGUUCACGGCAUUUGCGUCGACCAGACCCACGGAUACCGAUGUUUCUGCCAACCAGGAUUUGGUGGACCCGAAUGCAACUUCGAGUAUAACGAAUGCGAAUCCAAUCCGUGUGCCAACGGUGGUACGUGCCUGGACCGAGUGGGCGAAUUCCAGUGCAUUUGCCCAUCUGGUUACGCUGGAUCACGUUGUGAGACUCAGGUGAAUUUGUGCGAACCCAACCCUUGCGGACUCAAUCAAAAGUGCAUCGAUCACGGAACCAAUAUCAGCUGCGAAUGCAUUCCAGGACUCGAUCCAGCCCUUUGCGCUGAGAUGAACUCGGCAUGUCAUCCGAACCCUUGCCUGCGUGGCGGGACCUGCUGGGUCAGCAGCGGGAGUUUCUUUUGCGCUUGCAAGCCUGGACUAACUGGCGAUCGAUGUCAAGAUCUGGUGACGAUCGGCAACAAAGCCGAACAUCACGAAGUGAUCCGUGGCUCGGUCGGCCAUUACGGUCUCAGUAGCAGCGAACUGGAACUCAAGACGCCGUUGCCACUCCAUUUGGAUCACACGCAUAGUGUCUACGUGGCUGUUGGCACGCUCAUCUCGGUCGUCAUUGUCGUCGUUAUCGCGGUGACGGCUUGCUACUGUCGGACGCACGAGACGUCCAAAUGGUCGCCAUCAGCCCGGCUGCCUUUCCUCUGCCGGGACUACCGCAACUCAUCGUCGCCCAUCAAGGAGGAUCAAGGGAUGGACGUGCCGUUGGCGGUUGCCAUGGAAUCGGAAACCUUCCAGCAGCGCAAAUUCGAGAGCUUGCAUCCCACUCAGUGCCAAGUUUAUUGGAGCGAAGCGCGCCGCGACGCCGCCGUACUCGACUGAAAAGAUGGGCAGAAUGGAAAAAUGGAAAAGACCUAUAUAAAUAAUUUACAAUAAUAAUAAUAAUAAAAGAAAAAAAAAGGAAGGCACGACUGGAGUGGAGGACGAAAAAAAAAUGAAAAGAGAAGACCAACAUCUUCCACCAUUUUUUUUUUCUUUUAAGGUCGUAAUUUGAUUUGACUCGGUUCACUCGACUUAAUAUUUACACAGCACACUUCGACGUCGAAAUAGCCUCUGACAUUUUAGUUGUAUGUUUUCCUUUUUUUUUUUUUCUUAUUUAGUUCUCGGAAAUAUUUAUAUCUCUCAAUUCCCUUGACUUUUUUUUUUCGUGUUCAACCAACCACUUUUGCCUCCCAGCGACCCUGCGUAUGCGUUAGGAAGAAAAGCAGGGAGGGACUUUGAUCUCCGUUCACGAUCUAUUUUAUUUUUUCUUUCGUGACUUGCCUAUCUCUUUUCCCCAUUCUUGCCUCUUUUGUAUUCAUUACCCUGUGUGACUCUGGAUUUUCCACGUUUAUUUCUUUUUUGCCCUCCUCGUUUAUGCGUGUUCAUGAAUUAUUCCACAUGUAGAUCCAUGUUCCGUCCUCUCCAUUAUACUCUGGUGUGUCUUGUCUAUUCUUUUUCUUCACUGCUUGUUGCUAAAAAAAAGGUCUGCUAACUUAUUCUGUUGCCGAAUGAUUGUCUACGAGCUGACGACGAGCACAAAGAGUGGACUAAGACAUUUUGUUGAUUGACGGAAUUCAGUUAUUUCUCCCUUUUUUUGUUGUUUCGUUUUUCUCCAUAUGUAAAUGAAUCAGGACCAGUUAUGUUUUGUUUUUUACCUUCACGUCUUGUGGUUUUCGUUAUUUAUUAGAUCUGUUCUCCCCCGACUUCCGAAAUUGAUUCCAUGUUUUUCUUUUUGUUUGUGUCCGGAUUUUUCUCGUAGCUUUAUUCCGUUAUUCAUCGUACAUCUCUCUAAUGCUCACAACAUACUCACAGAUAUUUGUAUUUCUCUUUGUGAUGACGAUCCCCUUGUUACGGAAUACUGUCAAACCCAUCACACCAACGUUCUGAUUCAACAAUAUGAGCCCUUCCAUCUUUAAUCAUCCUUUUCGACUUCCUCGUCUAUGCCAAAGUAAGGACAACCCUCCAAAUGAAAUUUUCCCCAUAAAGAAAAUCAUUUUUAUCCCCGUCAUUUAACGUUUCGGGUCUGUCGGGACAAUUGAAUGUCUUUUUAAACGCUCCAUUUGUUUGCUCGAGAUUUGUCCUCCUUAAGUUUUGAAAAAAGGUUUUAAAAAAGAGUCCGCUAUACAUUGGCGCAUUUCAAUUAUUUGUUUGUUUUCAUUUUGAUGGAGAUGUUGUUUCUCUUUUUGGAGCAGUACAAAAAAAAAUGCGUGCGUGAAAUACAAACUUGAU